UUUUCAGUGGUCAGUCACAAGACUGCUGAAAUGGUGAAAGUUUUAGUAGAACUUUAACAAUUUUAACUGGUGAAAUAAUUUUUCGUACCCGGUAAUGGACUGCGAAAUGGACCACAGCAAAACAAGGUACCCUUUCUGCGUGGUUUGGACUCCAAUCCCUUUGUUGACAUGGUUGUGCCCUAUUAUUGGCCACAUGGGAAUUUGCAUGUCGUCUGGUAUUAUAAGGGACUUUGCAGGUCCGUACUACGUGUCUGAGGAUAAUAUGGGCUUUGGGCGACCCACUAAAUAUUGGAAAUUGGAUGUCAGCCGCGUGAAAGGUGGCCCUGCCUCUUGGGACAGGGCUGUCGUGGAGGCGUCGGAGGAAUACAAAGGAAGAAUGCAUAACCUGUGUUGCGACAACUGUCAUUCCCAUGUGGCAAUGGCGCUGAACACGAUGGAGUAUGAUGAAAGCUCCUCUUGGAAUAUGGUCAAGCUCUGUUUCCUUUCCCUUGUCCACAGCAAAUACGUAAGUUUUGGAGCUUGGCUAAAGACUUGGCUUCCGUUUCUGGUGCUCACGACAGUGACAGUCUUAACUGUUUACUUUACCAUGUAAUAAUGUAUUUAAACUUGAGUGCGGUUUAUCUAGUCAAAAUAUAAAAAAUAUCGCACUAAAAUUCCGGCGUGCUAAAUUAACAGGAAAUUUUUAAGAAAUUAAACAAAUUUUAUUUUUUCACUUUUCUUAUUAUUUUUUCAUCAUUGUCUGAACAUUAGAAAUAGUUUCAACAUUUGGGUUUGUUCAACUGCCGUUAGUGAGUGUGUUUUCGUGUUGUGUAUAUACAUAAUUAUGUCUUUGCAAAAUAAAAACACAAUUGAUAUUUUUCGUAUGCAAUAAAAAUUCUUCUCUUUUUGUCGCAAUGUAUACUUACACCUAAAACAUUAAAUGCAAUAACUAUUUUUCUUUCUUCAUUUCAUUAAGUCUAAAAACUGCAAUCGCUUGUGUUCAACUCAGGUCUUGUGUGGGAAUUGUCGUCUCGGUUCAACGGAUAAUUGAACAAAUAACAAAAACCAGAUUAAUGAAAUUAUCAGUAAUUUUUUCACCGCUCUUGCAUUCGUUCGUCACAUAGAAUAAGUCGGAGAAGAUAAGAGGAAUACGUAUUUUUCUUUCUUUUGUUUAAACGCUAUCAAAACAACAAGAACAAGUUGUAUUUUCUGGAAGUGUACAGUGAUAACAACAGGCGAGCCUCUUGAGAGAAAACCCAGUCACAUACUCGAUGAUUUUUCCGUUUACUUUUUUCGAAGAUGGUACGAAAAACAACACAAAAUUGUGUGUGUGAUAAUGUGAUUUCACUUUUAGUAAAUAUAUAUUAUGUAAUAUACGAGAAAAGUGUCAUCGUUCAAACACAAUAUCGAAUAAUAAGACAAAUUUUCAGACACAGUAGUUGAAGAACAUAAUUAUUUCCAUACAGCCCAUGCUUUCUUCUCAUGUUUGUCUCUCUUUCUCCGUUGAUAAUUAUAAAUGACAGUUAACAAAUUCCUUUUUUAUAUUUAUUUUUGGCUCAUUUUUCCGCUCCAUCCGCUCAAAAACAUCAUCUUCUUUUUUCAUAAUAAUUUUUGCACUUGUUUAAACUUAUCUAUUUACAGCGCUUGUUAUCAAGAGUAAAAAUAAACAAU